CAGCACCAUCGACCCCAGAUUCUGCAUCUUCCAUGAGCAUCUCAACCACUUUCCCUCCUCGCCUGACCCAGAAUCAUGGAAACUAGGGAGCCAGUUCCGGCUCUAGAACGCGCUGGGAAGACAUGCAACCUGCGUGGCACGGCACUCGCGCGACGCCUGCCGCUCCCUCAGGCGCAUUUAUACCAAGACGCACUCCCGCGUCGUCAAGCAUCGUGGACGCUGUUUGCCGUGAGCUUCUCCCCUCCUUAGCCUGUUGAUUGCCUUGCGGUGCCUUCUUCACCAUGGGCCUCGUCUUCAACAUCGUGCUCGCCGUCUUCGCUGCUACGGGCAGCUUUCUCUUUGGAUAUGACAGCGGUGUCAUGACCAUCGUCAUCCAGUCGCCGCAUUUCCUGCAUUUCUUCAAUACAACCACCACUACGCCUAUUAUAGGAGCCAUCAACUCGACCUUCUCUGGAGGCGCCGUUUUCGGAUCCUUGAUGGGUGGUUUUACCAUGGACAGUCUUGGUCGGCGGAAAACCGUGCUCGUCGGAGCGUGCAUCAACCUUGUCGGCGCGGCAAUGCAAGCUGGAGCUCAGAAUCUGCCCAUGAUCCUUGUGGGUCGCAUUCUGGCUGGAUGGGCUGUUGGCGUGCUAUCCAUGUCUGUUCCCAUUUACCAAUCUGAGUGCGCCAGCCCGAAGACGCGAGGCCUCAUCGUCGGAAUUACCCAGCAGAUGAUUGGCGUAGGCUUCAUUGUCUCGACCUGGGUCGGCUACGGCUCCUCAAAAGUACCAGUCACAAACUCCUUCUCGUGGCGCUUCCCGCUCGGCUUCCAAUGCGUGCCCUGCAUCAUAAUCAUCUGUGGAAUCCUCUUCUUCCCCGAAUCGCCCCGUUACCUUGUUGAAACCGAUCGCGCCGAAGAGGCGUUGCAGGUCCUGCACAAGCUACACUACAACGGCCGCAACGAGGACUUCAUCCAGGCACAGUUUCACGAGAUCAGGGUGACGAUUGAGGCUGAGAAGGCCAUUACUGCCCCGGGCUGGGCUAUCAUGUUCAAGGUGAAGCCGUGGAGGACCAGGUUGAUGCAUGCUACACUCAUCCAGGUCUUCACCCAGAUGACUGGAAUCAAUGUUAUCGGCUACUACUCCACCAUUCUCUACACCAACCUCGGCAUCACCGGCUCCCGCAACCUCCUUGUAACCUCUAUCUAUAACAUCGUCGGGCCGCUCUUUAACUUGUUCUUCAUCACGCUCCUCCUCGACCGCGUCGGUCGCAAGAAGCCGCUGCUCUUCGGCACUGUCGGCAUCACUAUCGCACUCAUCUGUGAAGCCGUCAUUGGCUCUCAGGUCGUCGGCGCCACGGGAUCCCGGCGGGACAGCCUCUCCAUCGCGGGUGUCUUCUUCCUGUUCUGCGUGUCCUGCAUCUUUAGCAUGUCGUUCGGUCCCAUCUCCUGGGUAUACGCAUCCGAGAUCAUGCCACUGAGUAUCCGUGGUCGCGGCUCUGCGUUCGCAACCGGUAUCGGGAACUGGCUUGUUAGCACGGUUUGGUCCCAAGUCUCACCCAUUGCACUCGGAGAUAUCACGUAUAAGUUCUAUUUCGUCUUCGUCGCAUUCAACAUCUGCGUCACUUUCCCAACCAUCUUCUUCAUGUUCAAGGAAACCAAGCAGCUCACCCUCGAGGAGAUCGAUUUGCUGUUCGGUGACCGGGCCUUAGGAACGUUGCCGGACAAUUUAGAUGACAAGGAAAGAGAGAUUGAGCUGACGGAGUCGCAUCACCAGGAGCCCAAAAGCAGCUGAUGGUGAAGGAUGAACUGGAUUAGCCGGGGAAUGGUGUAACGCAGCGGAGGAUGGCGGACGGUAGUCCAUUCUAGAAGCUUUGUUGUAGACAGUUCGAUUGUAGACGAGAAACUACGGGAAGUUCGACACG